CUGUGAGGCGACAGCGCUAACCACUACACCACCGUGCCACCUUUCUUGAAGUCAACAUUCAUAAUAAGUGUCCUAUUCCUUCGAUUGCUUGCAUUCUGAUAGAAGCGAGAGCGCGGGGAUACGUAAGUAAGCAGUAGCUCACAGUUGAUCUUGUUGUUGUUUUUCUUUUUUCCUCUUGCCCUAAUCUGAGUUGCAUUACGAACUGUAGUCUAAUGGAGAGUAAGCCCCUUCCUCGUGUGUGUGAGAGAGAGGGGUGUAACAAUAGGAUUCUUGUAAACGCCUGGCCAGUAUCUAUGGGUUCGAGCUGUGUUUCAGCUGAGGCACUUUAUUAGCCAGUCCCCACACUUUACCCCUCCUUCUCUCUCUCUCUCUCUCUCUCUCUCUCUCCAACACUGUCUCUGCUCUGUCGCCGUAUCUCACCGUGACUCUUUGGUUAUCAUCUGUUUGGGUUACAGCCCUGAUAGUAAUUGAUCUACAGAGCAUUAAAGGAGCCGGUGAGUAUUGACUUGUCUUUACUUGUCUCACUGACUGUAGAGAGGAAUCUUUUGUUUGUUCCACUCAGGUGAUCCUGCGCUGCGCUGCUCUGCUCUGCUCUGCACUGUUGUUCUGCUUUGUAACGUGUUUAUUUUUCCCUUUUUUUUUGUUUCAUCAAUGCGGGAAAAACUUGAGUAUGCAUCAGGAUUUAAACGUGUGUGAAUAUUGUGUUAACUUGCUGAUUCGUGUCAGGAUUGUAGCAGGAGAUAAAUUACAUUUUGUCUAGUUCACCCUUGUCUUGUAGGGUGUGUGUGUGUGUGUGUGUGUGCACAUGUCCUGCUUUGUUUCCUCAGCUGUGCUGAUGUUGACUGAACUGUCAAAAUCCACAGGGAAGAUGAAGUUUUGGUUGUUACUCUUCCUCCGGAAUGUCUUGUAACAAGCUUCAUUGACCUGCUCGAGGAACUGGGGGAGGACUUUACCUCGGCUGAAGAAAUUAUUCAGACACUCGGUCCAUGAUGAGGAUAGUUAAUGAAAAUGAAGCAGUGAAGCAGUCCUGAUCGCAGCGAUGGCCGUACAAGCUAGCCUGCAGGCUUGGUUUGGAGAAAAGUUUGAGUCCCCGCUGCAAAGCCGACGUUCUCCCCUCAUCCCACGUCAUGGCCCUGGCCUCGCAGACGUUUUCCAGUACGACCAGUGGCUUGCUGUCCGACAUGAAGCUACACUUUUUCCCAUGCAGGAAGACCUUGCCAUCUGGCUCACUGACAUUCUAGGUGAGGAGAUGAGCGCUGAGCACUUCAUGGAGGAGUUGAAUAACGGGAUUAAGCUGUGUCGACUUGCUGAAAUUCUGCAAAGCAAAAUUCCCAAGGACUGUCUCCCGGACAAGAAUCUGCAGUUUCCUUUGAAGAAAGUGGCAGUCAAGAAAACUGCUUCUCCAGGUUCGUUUUUCGCCCGGGACAACACGGCAAACUUCCUGUCAUGGUGCCGUCAAAUCGGAGUCGACGAGACAUAUUUGUUCGAGUCUGAGGGCUUGGUUCUACACAAGAACCCUCGGCAAGUGUGUCUGUGUUUGUUGGAGCUUGGCCGCAUUAUCUCCAAAUACGGAGUUGAACCGCCUGCAUUGGUAAAACUGGAGAAGGAGAUCGAGUUGGAAGAAUCUCUGCUAAUGGCAGGCAGUCCUGCCCCUCCGAUCAAAACCUUUACCGUGUGCUGCCAACAUGGAGGUCUCCACCAUGACUCUGACUCAGAUGACCCUCCCUGUAAUUGCUCACAGAGGUUUUCUAUUGAGUAUCUGGCAGAGGGACGUUACAGGCUGGGGGACAAGAUCCUCUUCAUUCGGAUGCUCCAUGGGAAGCAUGUGAUGGUGCGUGUUGGUGGGGGAUGGGACACGCUAAAGGGUUUCCUGAUGAAGUAUGACCCUGAUCGCGUGCUGCAGUUCACCACUCUUGAGCAGAAGAUUCUGGCAUUUCAGAAAGGCUCGUCUGUCCCAGACUCUGUCCUUAGCACACAGACUGUCCAGCCGCCCACCAUGAACCCUCUCACUGCUGUCAACCUUCUCCCAUCCUCCUCCACCUCUUCCUCCUCAACUUCUGUUCCACCUGGGAAACCUAGUACGCCUGCCUCUGGUGCAGUUACACCACGAGGCGCUGCCCGAUCCCCAGCCUCCACCCCCUCCCUUCCAAGGAAAGCAGCCGCUCCUAAAAAGAAACUUCAGGUGCCCAGUAUCUCUUCCAAGACCACUGUGCACUCUUCUACAAAAAAGACUCCUUCGCUCCAACCUUCACAACCAGUUUUCGUUUCCCAGAAAUCACCUCUUGUCCUCUGUGACCGGAAGCAGCGCCCACGUGGUGCUCCCUCUCAGCCGCGUAGUCCUGUGUGCCCAGAGCCCAGCUGCAAACAAGCCAAGCCAUCUGCCACCCCGGUAGGAAAUGCUUCUCAGCGAGAUGGCCGGCCACCUCGAGCGCCUCUUCGCCCUCGCCUCGUUACAAGACAACCCUCCUCCCCUGCUGCCACACGCUUGCAAACGGACACAAGAAAGGCGCGUCCCAUUUCCCCUCGACCACCAGGCUUGGCAAGGACUCCCAAAGAGACCAAGCCCUUGGUAGCAAAAGUUUCCGAAGAUCGCAAAGCUCCAGUAGCAAAAUCUCAACGAGAGGUCAAACCCUCAUCAGCAAAUGCCAAGUCCAGAGUUCAAAUCUCCACUCCCCCUACCCAAGUGUCCAAAUUUUCUCACCCCUCCAGGACCAAAACCCCAGGAGGACCAUCUCCCUUGGGGAACGGCGCUCCACAGAUUGCAAAGACACCCAGCACAAAAUCCACACACACUACAAAUAGAAAAGCCCAAAGCAGCAAUAGUAGGCCGCUCAAAACGAACUCUGCUCAGGUCCGAGCAGUUAAACCAACCAGCAGUGCCGCUCCGAAGAAACAAACGAGCCGAACUGUGGCCUCUAAAAAAGCGGAGGAGCCCUACUUUGAGUUGACCAGUAAGAAGACGAGGUGAACAUAAUGAGAGCUAGAACUUGGGAAGGUUAGGAAGCUUGUUGUGGUGGUGGGUCUUGGUGGACUUUUCCCCUUGGUGUAGCACUUUAAGGUACAGGCCCAAGGCAUCCGCUUCAUGCUAUGAACAGUUUAAUAACGAUAUUUCUGUUCUCAAAUGUGUGUUAAAAUUUUACAUGUUCUAAUUUAUUUGGUUUAUUUUUAUUUGCGCUAUAAAGGUCAUUCAUUGAAAAAGGUCAAGAGAUGAUGUCUCUGGUCUAUUUUAAGAAUAUCUAAAUAUCCUUUAAACUAAUCCUUUAACAGCACAGAGACGCCUGUGUGUGUAACUGUCUAACUUUAACCUAAAUAACUUGUGCAUCUCCGUAAACAAGGCAUUAACUGAAACCGAGCAAUACACUGAUCAAGCUAGAGUUGACUGAGUUUGGCAUUACGCAGGUUUUAGAUUUAUAUAGUCGUUUUUAGGAAUAUCAUCUUGCAAUUUUUCAUUCUGAUAUUCAGGAAUACAUCUACGUAUUAUUAUAUAUAUUAAGAACAAUAACAGUUAAAGAUUUAACAGUUAACUAUUUGUCCAAGUAUUCUCUCAUAAGUAGUAAUUCCAUGCUAAUUGCUUUUUAACACGUAAUAUAAUCUAAUCAUGGUCAGUCUAAUCACGAUACUCUUGCAGGUAUCGUGAUCAGCCCGUUGCCUAUCUAUUUUAAAUAUAGGAACUACCUCUAGAACUGGAUACAAAUUACAAUGUGUACUGCUGAUUAGUUAAGCUCAUACUGAUCAAUAUUAGUCAUUAUUACUGUUUUAUUUUAGUUAUUUACAGCACAAGCCAAACCUGACUGUUUUUCAAACUUGUCUUUAUACAUGGUGUUCUGUGUCCGUUGUGAACGUUUGAUUCUUUUGAUUUGCCUGUUUUUUUUUGUUUUUUUUUUACAGCACUUUAAAAAUGAUUUUAAAUGUAGACUCCUUUUUAAUGUCCUG